AUGGAGUCGGAAGAAAAACAAAUGGUGCCUUUGGUUGAUAUUCUUCCAAAGAAUGAUGAAUUUUUCGCAGAGGAGCCUUCAGAAAAGACUGCCAGACCCAAACGAAAAUUUUUACUCAUCCUUGUUAUAAUUGCAGUGGUGAUUGUGGUCAUCCUCGCAGUAUCCCUGAUCGCCAUAUACGUUCCAAAGUACCUUAGCGAUGCCGAAAACAAACCCGCACAAGCUUCCAAGUACACAGGGCCGUUAACUGGGGAAUUAGAAGUGACUGCCUCCGCAAGAACUCGCACAAGUUCGACAGUUGCAGCCUCGUUACCAGUUGCAGCAGAACCUUCCCCAACAGCCCAAUUAUCUGAUUUACAAGAAGGGCGUACAACUUCACCACCCAAGUUGGUGCCUACAAGCAGCAGCAUCAUACCAGCCAGUAGCGUAGCAGCCCUCACAGCUAUUGCAAAUCUUGUCACCAACACAGAAUCCAAGUGGUCUCGUUGGAGUUCUUGGAGUGACUGCACAAAAACAUGUGGUAUUGGGUCACGGUAUAGAAACAGAAAGUGUCUGGCCAUUAAUCCAAGAUCAGUGUUUGCUCCAAUUACAUGUGCUGGAAAACCUGAUCAGAUCAAACCAUGUGCAGAGUGGAGCUGUCCAGAUUGCUCGCGAAAUUGUACCACUGGAACACUAAAUGCCGCAUGUGAUGCAUGUACAUGUGAUCAUCACGUGGUAACUGGACGAGUUUUGACAAUAAAUGGUGCACCUCUGUCAGAAGCAAAUAUAUCAUUGGCAGAAACACCUUACAACGUUCUUGCACAGACGAACAUAAGUGGACACUUUAAAGCACUUGGUGUUUGCUUCGAUGAAGAAGAGAUGUUAGUGACAAAAGAAGGAUUUGUUCCUAUGACUAGAAGAGCAAACGUUCUGACUCCCACAACGGCCAUCAUUAACGUAAAGAUGGAAAUUGGAGUACCGCCAUUUGUAACAGUUCAUCCACAGAGCAAAAUUCGUAUGCCUGGUCAGAGUGUUACAUUUUGUUGUGAUGGCCAAGGAAAUCCUCCACCAGAAAUUGAAUGGUUCAAGGAGAACAACAUCAUUGAUAAGGAACUAUACAAUUAUAAUAACACCCUUGAAAUCACUGCUGAGCAUGGGCUUAAUGGAAGUUACCGCUGUAGAGUAGUGAACUACUUUGGAACGGAAUUCUCCGAAAGAGCAAUCUUAGAGAUAAUAGAGGAAGAUGUUGACUCCUGUUCUUCCAAACCAAAUUCCAAAAAUAUAACUCUUCCCCAAGGAUGUGUUGUGACAACAACCGGCAGCAAGAUUGUAGACGUUGGCGAGUGUGAGCCUGUUUCCUGCAUGAAAAAUGACUCUUCGUUUAAUUCUUCCUGCCGGGAUCCGUCUUUCUGCUGUGGCCCUGGAGAAACGAUAGACGUUUUGGUUGACUGUGGUAGUGUUAUGUCAUUUAAUGUCCUAAAAGUGACCCACUGUUCAUGCGGUAGUUGUGUUGAAAAGGUGACCAUCAUACAAGGCAUUGUGGUAGGAGGUUUGGAGGAAACGCCUGUGCAAUAUGGAGAUAUAAUUUAUGAUGGCAAUAUCGUUUCUUACACCGAUGUGAAAGGAAGAUUUUCCUUCGAAAUUCCAGGAAAUGUUAGCAGAAUAGCAGUCACCUUCACGGAUUCGUAUUACAAAGAAUUUGAAGAAAGGACUAAGAUUUUUCAAGUCAGUACAGGAAACAGCGAAUUUCAUAAAAUAACACUCAAGCAAAUACCACCCCCGAUUUCGUUCGAUGCACGACAGCAGCAAGAUAUUCCCUUGCGAAGUGAUCCAAAAAUCGAAAGUUUUGCUGAUCUUGAACUCCCUGAAGAAUCAUUCCUCACAGAGGACGGAUCUGUCUUUCAAGGAAAUGCAAAGGCGAUCGUAAGCGUCACUGAUUCUCGUAACCUUUCAGACGUUCUAAGUGCUGCUGGAGAUUUUACCACAACAGAUGAAGAAGGCGAAGAAGAAAUUUUAGAAACGUUUGGCAUGAUGAAGAUGAAAUUUGAAGAUGAAAACGGAAAGCAGUUGGCCAUAUCAAAACCAAUGAAGGUCUACCUUGAUCCUGAAAAACUCAACAUACGCGUUCAAAAUAGCCCUAGUGUUCCCAUGAAGCUUUACUGGCUGGAUGAGAAAACCCAACGUUGGAGGGAAGCUGGUGACUUUCGGCGUGAAGACGGAAAUCAAAGGAGAAGGAAGCGCUCCAACAGGGUAUUUUUCGUUGGAACAAUUACUCCAGCAGUGGCUCGCCAAAAGUUAAACUUCGAUAAGGCUCAAAGUAGAGUUGCAAUAAGAGUGACGACAGAUCCACCAAAGGCAGGUGUUGUAGUACGGGUACUUCGACGUGAAGGAACUGUGUAUAGAGGUUACAUCGAACAAUCUACCACAAGCGCAGGUUUAACCUGUAUUCCCAUAUGGCGCAAUAAAGAAUGCAGUCUUCAAGCUGAAUUCAAUGGCAAAUACAUGAUGCCAAUACAAAGAAACUUUAAUAGUCUUCCACAAUACUUAGGAGCUCGGAUAGAGGAAAGAAGUGGAGAUAGACGGGGUCAAACAAUCCGUUGGAUUGAGUUCACGAGCAAGCUGGAUGAAAGUAGUCCUCUUCAUUCACCCAUGUACAAACAUGUCGCAGCUGAGGUAAACAAGUGUAAAUCUUCUCAAAAUCGUCCAGAAGGUUCCCAGUUUACCUUUGGAGAACCAGCACGAGCACCAGGGGAUUUCUCCAUUUUCAAUAUUUACAAUAGGAGAUCUUGGAUCCCAGGAGGCUGUUACAUUAAAGUGAAAAUUACAGACGAAAACAGAAUGCCCGAAAAUGUAAUGUUUGCUGCUGAAAGUUACAAAGAGAACAUCUUAAGCGAAGCGGGAAAACUGGGUCUACAUAUCCAAAUGUCAAGAGAUGUUUCUAGGGGACCCAACAAGAUUGUUUGCCUUCAAUUCAGCUGCCCUGAGGAUAAUCAGUUCACGUAUGUCAAGAUUGCACCUCUUACUACAAAUUGCAUCUUUAAAAGUAUUCACAACGAUUUGGGUAGUGUGCAGUACCCGAAUUGUCCCGAUGAGUUCAGUAGACCUGUAUGUCCAACACGACCACCUGGUAACAAGGGACAAGCAAAGUGGUUAUGGAUACCAAUAAGUAGAAACGGCCAGACAAUCUACAAGACGUUCCAUGGUGAAGGACCUCGUGGAGAUUUUGGUGAAGCGAGAUGCCUUGAGGGCAAUCAGAACUUUAACGUGCGUAAUCCUGCUACAAUAGACGAUGGUGGCUCUGCUCUGGUGUAUAGUUGCAGGUUGCCUGAUGAUAGUUAUAAGAGUACAGUAAGAACUUACGACUGGCUCAGCAAUGGAAAUAACUGUUAUGUAAAGAUAAUAGUCACCGGAAGGAGAUCAGUGUUCAAAGCGGAAAGUUACACACCAGAAAAGAAAGAUCUAUAUGGCUAUAGUACCGAUAUAACACGACCAACUCUGGAUAAUUGGAAGGCAUCGGCCACUUGCCUUGAAUAUAGAUGUAGCGAUGUAAUGAAUAGUGGAUCUUUAAAUAACAACACGUUUAUUGUUAUAAGGCCACUUUCUGAUGGUUGCCAAUUGGUGAAAUUAGGACACGACUUAAAUUUUUAUCAGAACCAAUGCCCAUAUUCUAUACCCCCUCAACAAGGAGUGGUUUACUCCUUGUGUGACGUCCCAAUGUCAUCUUUUAACUAUCCAUCUCCGGGUUUGUAUAACACUCAGUUCUUUCCUUGGCAAACGACAGAGAGCAGUUGUAGAGAUGGUUACUUGGGUUUGGGAGUCACUUCCUCUGGUAUAUAUUCUAAAGGGUAUGCUCUUCAUUACGAUUGUAUAUGA